CGUUUGGUGUUUUUAAUCCAAAUGCAGAAUUUCAUCGGGUUUGGUUAUCUACAACCAUAAACCCGGAUGUUGGUGCGAGUGCACUAAGGCAAUAGACAAAAUAUAUCAAUUGAACAAUCAACAACAGCGAAGACGGAAAUAAUUCAAGAAAACUAAAGGUUGAUAACGAUGUCUAGGGACGACUCUGACUUAUCCGAGCUUCCACCGUACACUGCUUUGUUAUGGGGACAGUUUGUAGCUAAUCCUCAUUUGAUGUACAAUUUGUUUACUCGAGGGCCCAAUGGAACUUCUUUUGCAUCCGAUCGUGUGAUAAACAUGACAGGAGUAUGGACCAAUCCAAAGAUGAGUGAGUUUAAGGUGGACAGCCUGGAGGAACUACAGCGGGUGAGAAACGAUCUGCUGACAAUGCCGAUUCUGUUCCACAUCAAAGUAGAGCAUCAGAGAACGGAUAACUAUGCUGUGGUCAAAAUCCGCAAGAAGUGGAAAGAUGAAUUUGCAGUUCUUGUGAACACCAGGCAUCCAAACAUCCGAGAAAUUCUCUCUCACAAACUCAAUGAGGCCACACAGUAUAUGCAGGAGGGGAAGAAUUUUUGUUUGAAGCUGAAUUUCGGUCCCUCGGUGAAGCAGUGGUACAGUGGGGUGGUGGAUAGUGAGGUGUCCCUCUGUGAUAGCCGCAGUAACAGCGACUCGGGACACAUGGAAGUAUUCGUACACAACUACUCCACUCCUGUUGAAUGCUGUGUCAAUCCAGUCUGCAUCUUCUGCUGUUUUCCGUUCUGGUUGCUGUUUGGGGGACCCUGUUACUGUGCCCACAGGAACAUCAAAUGUACCGAUGAAAGCCACAGUUUCCGUGACCUUCCUGUUAUCUUACUUACCGGGGUCAAUGUCAGGGUCACUGUCCAGCAACAACAGGCACAGUACCCACCUAAUGUUGCCUACCCAGGCACUCAGCCACAAGGACCACCUACUUACACACCACAUCAGGGGUACCACCCACAGGCACCACCGCAAGCUGGGCCACAGAAUUACCCUAUGAGAGCCCCAAAUAAUUACCCGGCAGGGGCUCCACCCCCUUAUUCCGGCUAGGGUGGAGGAGACUUUUAUCUUGGAACUUUUUUUUUUAUUGAUUUAUUUUUUUAGACAGCAUAAUUCUAUAUUUAAUACUUAUUUAAUGUAAAUUAGAAAAUUAUUUGUGCCAUUUUUGACCCCUUAAAUGACUUUCUUUCGUGUUUUUUUUUUAAACAGGGGUGUAUAUGCAAAACCUUACAUUCUCUGUUUAUUACUUUCACAAAACAUGUAUCCAGAGUAAUUAAGGUUUUGGAGAUUUUUCAGACUAUUGUUGAAAUUAAUCUGUGUCACAUAAUGAAUGCCCCACUUGGUACUGUACCUGUUGUCACUUGAGGUUAUAAACUGUAUUAUUUAACAGGGGGUGCUGUUUGUGUUCUUACAUACAUGGCUGAUCAUAUUCUGUUCUGUUUACACAAAACUGGUGAAUAUUUUGUUGUACAUGUAGUUUAUGAAAUAUUAUCAAUGCUUUCUAGAUUUUUUUUAUUACUUUUUUGAAUUUUAUUUUGUAAGGAACCAGUCUCUGUUGUCGCUGAUUUUCAUUGUGUACAUAUUUAUGUUUUUUUCUUUUUCUUAAUCAAUGUAUUUAAUGGUAUGUUUUACAAACAAAGGAAAUUACGCAUACUCACAAAGUUUGUCAGUAUUUUCUACACAACCAGAUCAGUGAACACGAAAAUUUUGAAAUCGGAUCCUAAAACACUGUAGAUUCCUUGACUUACACGAGUACUUAAUAUUACAAAAUGACUCGAAGACGACCACUAGCGAGAACUUAAUAUCACGUAAUGACUUGAAGACGCCCAAUAGCGAGAACUUAAUAUCACGUAAUGACUUGAAGACGCCCAAUAGCGAGAACUUAAUAUCACGUAAUGACUCGAAGACGACCACGAGCGAGAACUUAAUAUUACAAAAUGACUCGAAAACGACCAAUAGCGAGAACUUAAAUUUGUAAGUGAUCUGUUGAUCAAGUUUCAACACAAAUUUUAGAAAGAUAAGUAUUAUUUUUUUUUUUGCAAGUGAUGCUACUUGUAAAAUUAUGCAGUAAUAAAUUCCUCGCCUAUAUUUAGUACUCUACAGUUCUAUCCCUGGAAAUACCAGUAUGUAGGAUAUUGUGUUGUUAUUAACAUCGGAGUGCCUUACAUUUUAUCAUAUCGGCUUUAUUUUGAACUAAUUCCUGAUCCUAUAGUUCCUGCUGUAGAUGUUCAAGGGGUAUCACAUUGUCACCAUAAGCACACAUCAGUCUUGACAACGCAUUUCAAUAGUGAAGGAAUUAUUUUUAAUCCAUGGAAGAAAAUGUACGUGUAUGUGCACUUUACAACAUGCAACUUGAACUCAAUACCAAUGUAAAAAAAAAAUUAUGGCCCCAGCAGCCAACAGAUUUCAAAUCUUACUUUUGAGGAUAUCUUGAAGUGGGUCAUCACGUCAACAAUGUGUGAGGUGUGAUCCCAGACUGUAUAUAUAGUGUAGGGAGGUCGUAAAUUGGUGUGUUUUCAGAUGAAUAUUUUUUUUAAAUAUACCCGGUUGACUAUGUAAAUACAGCUGAAUCAUGAAAAUGAUCAAACACUUUGUUUAACAAUUUACGUUCUUGUAUGAAUAUUGAGGAGAUAUAUCUCAUGUGUGGUUUAUGCAACUUAUUACACUGAACUAAGAUACCUGUACAUAUACAUGUAACUAUAUAUCUUAUCUUAUCUAUAUAUAUAUAUAUAUAUAUAUAUAUAUAUGGAAAUGUUGGCCUUUGGGUAAUAUUGCCUGCCUCAGACAUUGCAAAGCAAUUUCAUUCUGUUUUAGAUUUUCCUAAAGCUGUCUUGUUGAUUUAAAGUUAUACAGCUUAGGUCCCCAUGCAGUUUUAAGUUAUACAGCUUAGGUCCCCGGUUUUAAAUUUUCCCACAGAAAAGGAAAGAGAAAUCACGAAAUUGAAUGGAGGGUUAGGUUGGGGGGCAAAAUUUUCAUGGUAUACUGGGAGGUCACUCCAUAAGGUUAAAUUGGACCACUAAAAGUGAUGAUGUGAAUGUAUAAUUAAGAUUACCCGGCACAUGCAUUCCAUUGUGUUGGAAUGCAACAUGGAUGCACACUUGUAUAUUAAUGCUUGGUAAAUAAUGUAUUUACAAUUUAUACUACAUGUAUUCGAUUUUCUUGCCGAAUUUGGGGGAAACAGAAAGAGAAGACGAUGUUAUACAGAUUGAUGUUCAAAAGUUAUAGGAUAUUAUUUUCUUCAAGCUUGAUUCCUUUAAGAACUGAACAAUGGUUGUGCCAUACAUAGUAUUGUUUUUGCAUAAUAAAAAAAUACCUGUUUUUGGUUGUAUAAUUGAGAAAAUUCAGUUUGAUGCCCUUUUAAUGUUCAAAGACAUGUGUACAGAGGAGACUCCAUGUUGUAUUGUAUUAAACUGCUUAAAUAAUUAAAAUCAUAGUUAUCCAG